AUGGGCUCCUCCUUCUGUUUCGCUGGAUCUUAUCCAUCGUCAUCGAGACGACGGCCGAGUCCAGAAGAAACUUGUAGCUAUUUCUCUUACUACGUGUCAUAUGGAUGGGUUACGAAAGUGAUAUUAAAGGGAUUUCGAGGGAAAUUGACGCUUGGUGAUUUGCCGUCUCUGCCAUUCUACGAUGGGCCGCUACUAUGGCUGCCUCGUAUUCAAGAUGCGCGUGCCAGAGGAGGAGGCACUACUUUUUGGACUUUGAUCAUCCUUCUCCGAGCAGAACUCUCAAAGAUGAUCCUCUGUGCAACCUUGACAGCCAUUUGCGAACUCAUAGCUCCGUUCGCUAUGUAUCAGCUGCUGGACUAUCUGGCACAUCCCGAACUCGCCGUCGUACGGCCUGUACUUUGGGUUUGCCUGUUGUUCAUUGGUCCGAUGUCCAGAUCUGUUGCAUUUCAUCAAUACAUAUUCACGACAACUCGACUGAUUGUCCGCGUCAAAAUAUCCAUGGUCCAAGAGAUUUUCUACAAAGCAAUGCGUCGCGAUGAGAAUGAAGCUAUGCUUGACGAAACGACCGAAUCACAAUCUGCAAAUAACGGGCAUGGUAUGCCGAAAGCAGGCUCCAAAAGAAACCUCAAAACUGGCCAGAUAGCAAAUUUGAUUUCAUACGAUGUCGAUGCCAUCAUCCAAGCACGCGACAUUCUCACGAUUGCAAUGACACUGUUAUAUCGAAUGCUAGGAUGGUCUUCGAUGGCUGGACUUGCGGUCAUGCUUCUAUGUUUUCCCAUUCCGACAUUUCUCGCGCGAAGAAUGUCGAGUGUCCACACACGAGCAAUGAAGGCAACAGACACCCCUAUUCGAACGAUCAAGUACUUUGCAUGGGAACAUGCCAUGUCCGAGAAAAUUGAGGAAGCUCGACAGGCAGAGCAACGUAUUAUUGGGGACUUCAUUCCACUGUUGACCUUGUUUGUCAUGUUCUCCUGCUAUACCCUCGGCAUGGGGCAAUCGUUGACGAGUGCCACGGCUUUCACAUCACUGUCGCUUAUUGAGAUUCUUCGAUCGCAAUUUGCGUGGAUAUCAAGAACCACUCGUUUUGUGGCACAGGCUAAGGCAUCACUAGGUCGCAUCGAUCACUACUUUGAAACGUUCAUUGACAUGCAACACCAUCCGGAAGGGCCUCCUUCAUUGAGCAAUGCAACAUUGAGCCGAUCACGUGCAUCGAAGUUCAAAUUACGAAACAUAACUCUGCACUUCAUUAAGCAGGGAAUGAACGUUGUCACAGGGCCGUCUGGGAGCGGCAAGACCUCUCUGCUCCUUUCUUUGCUCGGCGAAACUAUCUUGGAAGCAGGAGAGGUAACUUGUCCUCGUGAUGUUGCGUAUGCCUCUCAAAGUGCCUGGCUUCAGAAUGACACAAUCCGAAAUAAUAUCCUUUUCAACAGCGCAUUUGAGCUGAUCCGUUACGACAGGGUUGUGGAUGCGUGUUGCUUACUCCAAGACCUCGGACAACUCCCUCAAUGCGAUCUUACCUUGCGUCAGCGACUUGCUCUCGCUCGGGUAAUAUAUUCGAAAGCUUCAACCAUAUUCCUUGAUGAUGUUUUUCCCGCGCUAGAUGUCACCACGGCAGUGCAUCUAUAUAAUCAUUGUUUCUGCAGUGACCUCCUACAUGGCAGGACUGUCAUCUUGGUCACGCAGAUUCCUUGGAUUGGAGAACAAGCAGAUUUCGAGGUCAGGCUUGAUGGUGGGGUGGUGCGAAUCCCAAUAAGUGUUGCCCGAGUCCUGGCAGCUACGGGACUCGCCAGCAGGAAAUCUCCGGGGAUACCACACCGGUUCCUGCAGCGGGGCAGUUGCCGACAGAUCCGCCCUCACGAAAUGGCUUUUUAUGAGUACAUGGUUGUAUUUGGCGGCCACAAAUAUGCCUUGUUUGCUUUAUGCACAGCACUUGCCUCCCAACUAGCAUUCUUUGCUAUGACACUUUGGCUUUCUGUCUGGGUUGGUGCUUAUUCUGACCGAGAUGCCGUCGAUGUGGGAUUCUAUCUGGGCACAUAUGCCGCUAUUCUAGCCUCUUUCAACAUACUCACCGCGCUCAACAGUCUUGUCUUUCAGAAUGGAGCGUGGAAUGCGGCUCGGGAAAUGCAUAACCGCUUAGUCCAAGCUGUUUUACGGGUACCUUUGAGCUGGUAUGACAUAAUUCCCACAUCAACUCGGAACUCCCUAGACUCGCUUCUCGCCGACUUGUCUAAAGAAGUUAUCAACGUUUUCAUCUGUUUGGUUCUGCGAGUUGGAGCUAUUGGUUCCAUCCUACCUAUAUUUGCAGUGCCAACAGCGUUUGUUUGCGUAAUUGGCUUUAUCGUCGGAGACAUGUAUACUAGAACUGCUGCUUCUGUGAAACGGAUUGCAGCCGAGUCGCAAUCUCCGGUCUUCGCCCAAUUCUCAGAAACGCUCGCUGGAUUAAGUAUUGUACGCGCAAGAAGUGGAAUGAUAGAUAUUCUGGGCCGACAAUUGGGGCAGAAGCUGCGAGUAUAUGCGAGAGCCGCCGAAGCUCAAUACAACUUGAAUCGUUGGGUUAGUGUGCGUACGGACUGCGCAGCUGCAACUGUUGCCUUGGGGGCAGGAAGUAUUGCCCUUAUUCGAUCUGGCAGUGUGUCAGCCGGCCUAGUUGGGUUCUCCUUGACCAACGCAGUAGGUCUCAGCCGGACCAUCAUUUCGCUUGUCAGGAAUAUGAACGAGCUGGAAAUCGAGCUGGCUUGCUUCCAACGUGUGCGGGAGUAUGUCGAUCUGCCAGUAGAGGAAGAGCAUUCGGAUCCUUCUGUGGUGGCGCCGCCAGCAAGUUGGCCUUGUUCAGGGACGAUAGAGUUCCGGAAUGUUACAGCUCGAUACACUCCUGAUGGACCUGGUAUUCUGAAAAACAUAUCGUUCGCCCUCAAAUCUGGGGAGCGUGUCGCGAUCGUUGGACGGACGGGCAGCGGAAAAAUACUAACAAUCAUACCACAAGACAACGUCCUCUUCAGCGGCGAUAUCGGCGAGAACCUCGACCCUUCCAGCGCCGCUGAUUGUCGCGAUCUCGAGAAUGCACUGAAAGCUUGCAGCGGCCUAACUGCGCUAUCGAACCCAUCCUCUACUACAGAUGGCUACUCGGACCAGAUCACACCUAAUAUUUCACUUUCUACCCAAGUUACUUCUGGAGGUCAAAAUUUCUCUCAUGGACAGAGGCAGAUUUUGAGUCUGGCUCGUGCCCUUGUCAAGCGAUCGAAAUUGAUCUUGUUAGAUGAAGCGACGGCGUCCAUGGAUCAUGAGACAGAUGCAGGGAUUCGGAGUGUGACGAUUAUUGAUUAUGAUCGGGUUAUUGUCAUGAUUGGUGGAGAGAUUCUUGAAGUGGGAGCGCCGAAGGAGCUAUUUGAGAAAAAGGGCGUGUUUGCCGAUAUGGUGAUCCAAGGUAGGGAGGCUGAGGAAUUAGUUACGGCUUUUAAAUUGUGA